UGGUUUGUUUUUCUUUAUAAGAAUCAGUUCUCUCUCGGAACUCUUCCCACCAAAACCAGAAAGAAAGCUAAAUUCAUCCAAAUUGGCCAUGAAUCUAAAGAACAAAAAGAAAAUUCCAAAAAAAUUGCAGAAAUCGCUUCAGGAUUACCUCGCGAAGAUCAAGAAGCCAACGCCGCAGAUUCAAUUUCCUAAUCCCCAAACUUUUUCGUCUUCAAAAAGUUGGAUUCUGUCUGGUUGUAAGCAUCCGAAGACCCUGUCGUUCGCUAUCGAUCAGAAGGAAACUGACGGCGUUGGUAAUAAUGACGACGCCGCAGCAACGCUCGCCGAUGUCGACCGAUUUCUCUUCGAGAACUUCCGAUCGUUGUACCUGAAAGAGGAUGAAGAUUGUGUUGAGAGAAAAGUAGGAGGAGGAGGUCGAGAUGGAAAGAAUCACAGAGGAGUUUCACCUGAAUCGCUGGUUGAUUCUUACGGAGGAGGAGGAGGAGGAGGUCGAGAUGGAAAGAAUCACAGAGGAGUUUCACCUGAAUCGCUGGUUGAUUCUUACGAUGGAUCUCAUCGAUUCUUCUUCUCCCCUGGCUUAUCUGAAUCUCUUCCGGACGAUUCUCAAGCAGAAUCGUUAGAAAAUGCCGGAUCGAGUUCUUCGUCCUUGAUCUGUGAAGAUCGAGGCAAGGAUCCGAAACCUCCGAGCGAUUGCAUCGUGAUUUUGAGACAAUCGUCGAAUCCGUCAGAGGAAUUUCGUCGAUCGAUGCAAGAGAUGAUGGAUGCUCAUACGAAACAACAUAAGAAAGUCGAUUGGGAGUUUAUGGAAGAACUUUUGUUCAGCUUCCUAAAUCUGAACGAUAAAAAAUCGUACAAAUACAUACUAAACGCUUUCGUUGAUUUGAUAGUGAUCUUGCGGCAGAAGGCGGAGGAGGCUCCAACGAAGCCGCGAACAGUGCGAAGCGUGAGAAUGGUGAGGAAAAUGCUGUGAAAUCUGCAAAGAAGAAGGACGUUGAAAGUGAAAUCAAAGAUUUCAUAGAAUAAUAAUCGACUUUGAAUCUGAAUACAGAGAGAAGUGAGGGAAGAACUGCUGUGUGAUUCUGCAACUUCAAAGGAGAUGAUGGUAAACAAAUGUAUUCUACAUUUUUCUGAAGUAAAUUCAAACUCUGUUUCCGAAUCACAGUGAACAUAGAAUUUGGAA